UCCCCGAGGGGCCGGGCCAGGUCAGGCCCUCGCUCCGCCACGGCGGGUGUUCUCCGCACGCCGUCGGGAUGGGGCUGCGGCUCUUGGUGCCGCUCGGGUGCUUCGCGCUGCUCCUACCGCCGCCCGGUGUCGCCGAGUUCAGCCCGUCCCUGGACAGCGACUUCACCUUCACGCUGCCCGCCGGCCGCAAGGAGUGCUUCUACCAGCCCAUGCGCAAGGAGGCCUCGCUGGAGCUCGAGUAUCAGGUUCUAGAUGGAGCAGGAUUAGAUGUUGAUUUUCACUUACUGUCUCCAAAGGGUGAAACUCUAGUUUUUGAUGAAAGAAAAUCAGAUGGAGUUCAUACGGUGGAAACAGAAGAUGGAGAUUAUAUGUUCUGCUUUGACAACACAUUCAGUACCAUUUCUGAAAAGGUGAUUUUCUUUGAACUGAUCCUGGACAACAUGGGAGAAGACGGAGAAGAUCAGGAAGACUGGAAGAAGGAUGUCACAGGCACAGAUCUCCUAGAUAUGAAAUUGGAAGACAUUCUGGAAUCCAUCAACAGUGUCAAAGCCAAACUAAGCAAAAGUGUCCAGAUUCAGACCCUGCUCAGAGCAUUUGAGGCUCGGGACCGGAAUAUACAAGAAAGCAACUUCGACAGAGUGAAUUUCUGGUCCAUGGUCAACUUGGGUGUAAUGGUGGUGGUAUCAGCUGUUCAGGUUUACAUGCUGAAAAGUCUCUUUGAAGACAAAAGGAAAAGUAGAACUUAAUAUUCAGUAUGAUCAUAACAAUAUAACAGGUAUGGGGGGAGAGGGGCAGAAAAAAACUACUACAGUGAAGAACAACAACAAA